UUGCAGGGUUAUACAAAAUCACAUAACGAAGGCAAGAAAAUUUGCUAGGGUUUAUGAUAAUCACAUAAUCAUGGUUGGUCAUGUUUAAAAAACUGCUUAAAGAAAGAUGAGUUUCACCAUAGUUGUACAUCAUGGGGGUCAGUUUGUAAGAGAUUGGAUUGUGUAUUAUAGGGGUGGUAGUGUAACUGUAAUUGAGGGGAUUAAUAAGGACAAAUGGAAUUAUUUGGAAGCAGAGGGUAUUGUGAGAAAGCUAAAAUACGGUAAAAAUAGUUUCAGAAUGUGGUGGAAAGUUGAGGUUGAAUUAGGUUACAAAAUGUUAAGGUUGGACAAAGAUGCCGAUGAUAUUGUUGAUUAUGCCAUAAACAACAAAGUUGAUGCUCAUAUAUAUGUUGAACAUGAUGUUGGUAACAAUGUUUGCCUUGUGGAUGCUCCUAUUUGUCUUGAAUUACAAGCUAAUAAUGAUAUACCUAAUAAUAUUGGGGACAAGAGUAUACGUGUUGGUGUCAAUGAUGAUGCUGGUGAAUAUGAAGAAGGUGAGGGCAGUGACGAAAAUGAGACUAAUAGCAGUGAAGAUGAAGCAAAAGGGAUUCAUUUUGAUGAUAGUGAAGAUGAGAGAGCUUUAGGGUUGGAUGAUGGAUUUGGUUCGAGUGACGAUGAUGUUGAUCCAGAAUUCCUACCCACAAGAAUGAUGGUUGAUGGGCAGACGUACAACUUGAAGACUCGUUUAAAUCAUACAGUGGGAGGUAGUUCAAGUAGUACACCUGCAAUAUGCAAUGGAGAUGGUUUUUGACGUUGCUACUAGAGGAUAUUGGACAAGAAAAAAGAUGGGUUUUCAUUUCUGAUCAACAAAAGGGGUUGAUUCCUGUUUUUGAAGAGAUGUUUGAAAAAUUAGAACACAGGCUAUGUUUGAGGCAUCUAUAUGCUAACUUUAAGAAAAAAUUUGGUGGAGGCACUCAAAUUAGAGAUCUCAUGAUGGGGGCAGCUAAGGCAACAUACAUCCAAGCAUACGAGAAGAAAAUGUCAGAGCUGAAAGUAGUAAAUACAAAGGCAUGGGAGUGGCUAGUAGGACAUCAAACAAAGUUGUGGUGUAAGCAUGCUUUCUCAUUUUUUUCAAAGUGUGAUGUCCUAAUGAAUAAUAUUUCUGAGGCUUUCAAUAGUACUAUCUUGGUUGCUAGGGAUAAACCAAUUAUCACUAUGUGUGAAUGGAUUAGAAUUUAUCUGAUGAAUAGAAUGACAACUUUAAGGUAUAAAAAUGUUAAGUACCAACAAAGGAUAAUGCCUACACCUAUGAAGAGAUUGAACAGGGAAGUUGAACUUAGUGCAGGUUGGUGCUCACAUUUGUCUAGUGAAACUGAAUUUCAGGUUGAACAUCAUCAACAUGCUAGUAGUUUUAUUGUUAAUUUAGACAAAAGAACUUGUACAUGUAACUUUUGGGAAUUAGUAGGCAUACCAUGUAGACAUGCCAUUUCAGCUAUGGGAUUCUCAAACCAAAAUCCUGAGGACUUUGUUGAUCACUAUUAUUCAAGGGAGGCAUAUGAACUUUGCUAUAGUUUUAGUGUUAGCGCUAUUAAUGGUCAAGACAUGUGGCCUGAGGCUGAAGUUGAAGUUGAAGAUAUGUUACCCCCACAAUACAAGAGAGGUCCUGGUAGACCAAAAAAGAUGAGAAGAAGGGAUGCUCAUGAAGAUGCAAAGCCUAGAAAACAAAGGCCUGCGCCUAACAGGUGUACAAAAUGUGGAAAUCCUGGUCAUAAUACCAGGGGUUGCAAGAGCACAGAAGUGAACUCAGAUGCACAACGCAGACAGAGAAAACCAAAGAAAAAUGUUGAAAAUGCAUCUGCAUCUAAUGGAUUUGUUAAUGCAUCUACCGCAGUUGGUACUGCAUCUAAUGCAGCUGAAACUGCAUCUACCGCAGUUAGUACUGCACGUGUUGUUAAGGCACCAAUUGAAUGCCUUUUAGAUGAAAAUGAUGACAAUGUAAUUGUAGCUUCAGUCGAGGAACUAGAACGUGCACUUGGUAUAGAUUCAGUUUGUGCAACUCAAAUUCAAAGCCAACCUGUUCCUUGUGUGCUUUCUCAAAAACAGACUACUGAGCCAAUGUUUUGUACUGCACCAAAAAAAGAAAAGAAGAGAAAGUACGCAGGACCGCAGAAGAAGGUGAAACUCCAAAAAUGAUGUAUUAUGUAUUAUGGUGGCCUAUGUUGCCAACUGAAUUUCAGUGUAUAGAGUACUAGUGGCUUAUAAUGUCAACUUUUGAUGUAUUUUGAGUAUUAGUGGCUUAUAAUGCCAACUCUUGGUGUAUUUUGAGUAUUAAUGGCUAUAUGUUACCAACUAUUAGUGUAUUUUAAAUACUGAAGGAGUUAUAUAAAUCAAAUUUUAUUUUAAGUAA